GACGGGAGAGAGGAGGACACCGACAGUCGGCAGCGUCGCUCGGAUGGUGUUGUUGUUGCUCCGGACGCGGCGACGAUGCGGCCACACUGCUGGGUGAUGGUAGCGCUGGCGGGGAUCAUGUCGUACUUCAGCCCGGAGAGAGCCCUCGGAGCCCCGCAGAGGGAAGUUUCUCAGACCAGGGCUGCAUCCCUCUCUCCUCCACCCUACGUCGUCAUCCUCAUCUCUUGCUCGGGGCUAGUCUCUUUUGUUCUUCUGCUCCUGACCUGCCUGUGCUGUAAGAGAGGAGGAGUGGGGUUCAAUGAGUUCGACAAUGCAGAUGGGGAGGAGUGCUCUGGAGGCUCCAGUCCAAUCCAGGAGGACAGCCUGUCGUCAUGUCCCUCCCUCCCUGAGGUCUACACCUUGCCAGUCAGAGACCGGCCCAACUGCCCCGCCCUGAAGGAUGGAGCAGACUCCAAAUCUAAGUGCUUUAAAAGACACGCUUUAAACUAUCUUCAGGAGAUAGGAAAUGGCUGGUUUGGAAAGGUGAUUCUGGCUGAAGUGCUGUGUGACUGCAGCUCCUCUCAGGCCGUGAUAAAGGAGCUGCGUGUCAGUGCCAGCCCUCUGGAGCAGAGGAAGUUCUUGGCCGAGUCUGAGCCGUACAGGAGCCUUAAACAUCCCAACAUCCUUCAGUGUUUGGGGCAGUGCAGUGAGAACAUCCCCUUCCUCCUAGUUAUGGAGUUCUGUCAACUUGGUGACCUGAAGAGGUAUCUGAGAGCCCAGCGCAAGUCAAAUGGGAUGACCCCUGACCUGCCGACUCGGGACCUCUUGACUCUUCAGAGAAUGGCUUUUGAGAUCACCUCCGGUCUGCUGCAUCUCCAUGACAACAACUACAUCCACAGUGAUCUGGCUUUAAGAAACUGCCUGCUGACCUCAGACCUCACUGUUAGGAUAGGCGACUAUGGCCUUUCACACAACCAUUAUAAGGAGGACUAUUACCUAACUCCAGACAAGCUAUGGAUCCCACUACGCUGGAUUGCUCCUGAGCUGCUGGAGGAGUAUAGAGGAUCUCUCAUUGUUACUGACCAAACCAAGACCAGCAAUGUGUGGUCCAUGGGGGUGGUUAUAUGGGAGCUGUUUGAGUUUGGCUCUCAGCCCCACAGACACCUGAGUGAUGAAGAGGUGCUGACCUUCGUCAUUAGGGAGAGACAGAUCACCCUGGCCCAGCCCAGACUCAAACUCUCCCAUGCAGACUACUGGUAUGAGAUCAUGCAGUCCUGCUGGCUACCUCCUUCUCAACGCCCUUCUGUAGCAGAGAUAUUCCUCCUCCUCUCCUCCCUCCUGGCCGCUGAGCGAGGAAUGGCAAGAGGGAGUGUUGGGGAAGAAGAUGAAGAGGAUGAGGAAUAUGAGGAGGGCAGAGGAAGGAGAGGGGAGAGCGAGGAGUCGUUUGAAAGACGCUGGGACUUACUCCGUCCGCCUGCUUUCCAGACCGCAGCAAAUGAGCGGAUAAGGGAGAGAGAGUACGGCAGGGAAGACAACUCCUACCCCCUACUGGACCCUGUGGGGAACUGUAUCACUCCGUCCUCGUCUGAACUGGAUGACAUCCUGACAGUGACUGAAACCAGCAAAGGCUUGAACUUUGAGUAUUUUUGGGAAAAAGCUCAUGCCAGACGAGGCUACAAACCUCUUCCUCCCCCUCAGCCAAUCCCGACUGUGAACAAUAAUCACAGACAGUCUUUGGACACUCCCACUGUGGUCCCAGUGAUAAGCGCCCGAAGCCCCUCCCUCGCCAGCGAGUACUACAUCAGAUUAGAGGAGCACACUCCCCAGGAUAAGUCGCCAACUCUUAAAGGGAAGACUCAGUCCUCUUUCCGCUCUGACUCAAUCUGCCCUGGAGACAUGGAACUGGUGGAGAUUCGCAGUGGAAUGCUGGGAAAAGACAGAGUCCCUUAUUUUUCUUCUGACAAGUGUAGAAAGGGCCUCCAGACUGUCAGAUCAAGCGAGGUUCAACUUCAGGUCCCCAACACAGGUUUGGCUGAAUUCAGAGACACUUCAAGCAGAGUGACUGACUUCUCAGUAGUUGAUUUAGGGGACGAUGAUGAAGAGGAGAAGAGGAGUAGUGAGGCUGACAAAAAAUCCUCCAUUAGUUCUCAAGCCCCGGUCCUUCCUCCCAAGCCUCGCUCUAUGUCCAUGUUGUCAGCCAACCACCUUCACUCGCGCCCCCUCCCCGCCCCUCCACUCGGUUAUAUAGGACUGCCUCACUACACCAUCAGUGGAAAAAUCGAAACAGACCCCCAUCACAUGAGCAGCUGUCCAUCUUCUACCUUUGAUCACCUGGGGCUCCAUCGGUCCCGUCAGACUCUACCCCCAUCCCCGUCCCUCUCCCCUUCCCUUCCCCCAUCGAGCCAUCCCAUUUACCCCCAAUCUUCUCAAAUGUGUCCCCCACCCCUCCCUCCCCACUCCAAACCACAAAGAAGUUGCCCCAGCUACAGCACACCAGACACUUAUUCAAGUUACAGUAAGCCACAGAUGCAGAGAUCCAAAAGAGACCCACUAUCCUGUGACUUGUCUGACAGAGAGGGUGGUAGCAGGCACUUAGCAUCAUUGCACAACUCCAGGGAGACUUCUCAUUCUCGUGCAAAAGACUUUGACUCUCCCAUUCGUCGAGAAAACCCAUUGCGCCCAAUUUAUCGCAAUUUACCCCGCCCUCAGCCAACAAACCCCCAGCUUGACAGACAGUCUUCAUCUAGUCCCACCUACUCAGAUGAGGAUGACUCUCCCUUCAUGUCCCCUGAGAGACCCAGUGGUGGAACUACUGUCCCUCACUCCAGCCUAUCUGAAGAUGCAGACCCAGUCUGUGCCGAGCUCUUCUCCAGAGGAAUGAAAAGGACUCAGUCACGCCUUGACACCAUCCUGCCAGCCAUUUGGAGGGAAGAUGCUGAACUUCAUGCAGAACGUGUGGCCGCUGCCAAGAAAUCCCCCAUGCAUCUGUUUUUGACGGAGAUAUCUAGUCUAACGGAGUCUAGUGAGUCCAAGUCAGAGGCUUCAUGGAAGGGAGAGAAGGAGGAGAAAAGAGAUGGAGAAAGAUGGGGAAACUUUGUGCUGCCCAACAGAGGGAUGCGCCGCUCCCAGUCGCUGAUCACAGAGCUGGGGUCAGCAGGACAGUCAUGGGGGCCAGAGAAACGCAACAACAGGACAGGAGCUAAGGAUGACGAUACAGUCACUAAAGAAUCAUUCCAGAGGGAUCUUUUCCUCACAGAGAUCGACACGGGAAGGAUGGACACCGAUCCGGAGGGAGGAUCAGAAACUGAUCCAGUAAAAUACCUCUAUCCUUCGGGAUCCAGAUUGCGGCCCUAUGUCUGUGCUCCAGGCCUUCCCUCAUACACUGAGGCUGAGGAAGCCUAUUCAAAGGGUAUACGGAGAUCCCGCUCUCUCCUCUCUGAGAUCACCAUUGGGAAGGAGGAGUCUGACCUGCAGCAGACUGAGAAGGAGCCCCGCAGAACAGAAAUGACCAGGGAGGAGUUCCUGAAGGAGAUCCAAUCAGCAGAGACCUUCCUGACUGAAAUAAUAUCUAGACAAAACGCUGCCACAAACAGAAAGGAAGCAGACUCAUCUUACUCUCCUACUCCACUGUCUCCUGAAUACGAGUCCAUAUGCAUUGACCCAAGCUCUGCUCAGACCAUCAGAUUUCAGUCCGAGAACUCCAUACGAGCAUCCAACCAAGGCAAAGAUGAAACACCAACUGAAGCUAUCUAUGCCCAAGUGACCAAGCGUGCUAAAAAGAGUGAGAUAAAGGUUUCUAUGAAACCUGAGAUCCCAAUCCUGCAUAUAGGAUCAAAUAAACAACCUCUUAAACUGGACAGCGAAGGAAGCAAUGCUGACCACUGCCAAUCUGGUGAGUUUGUGUUUUCAGAAAUCAUGCCCAAAAAUGGUCUCCUGCACAACCAAACACUUGGAUGUCAAAAAGAAGAGGAGGAGAGUGCAGACGGCCCAGCCUUACCUGCAAGAGCUGAAGAAUCCAACACUGUGCUAAAGCAUGAGAACAAAUCCCUAAUUACAAAAGAAACAAAUACACCAAAGGCUGCUGUUAUAGGGAAUGGUGAGUUAAUGAAAGAGGACCUACAGGCCAGCAGCCCUGAGAGAGGAGAUCAAACAUGCGGAAAGACAGAUACCACAUCAUAUGAUCCUGACAAAGAAAAGUACCACACUGCAAAAGUUUCCAAAGUGGACUCUGAACACAUCACAGCAGCUGAUAUGGAGAAUAAUAAAAAUGAUGAUGAGAUGAAAAGAGAAAAUUUACUUCAACACAAUGACGCUGGGCAAGAAAAUCCCUGUCACAUUGCAGAAGAGGCACCCACUCCUGCUGCAACUCCAACCACUCCAGACUGGGACCCAUCCUCUGAUGUCUCACUCAUCACCCCCACCGACUCUGCCCUGUCACCUAUGACUUCCAACUCAGCCGACUGUCUCACACCUAGUGACUCAUGGACGAGCGGUGGAGGAGGAGUGGGAAGCGGUGGGUGGCGAGCUCUGGGAAAUGAAACACCGCAUCGAGACUCUGCGUAUUUCUCAGACAGUGACUGGGAGGGGGACGGGAUGAGCAGGAGAAGCAGUGAUGGACUCAUUGCCUCUAGGCCAAGCAGCGGUCGAGGAGGGGAUCGGGGAACACUGACAGGGAUAGAGGAAAAAACUGAGGAGGAGGGAGAGAUGGGAGAAAAAAGCCCCUUAAGAAAGAGUAUACAGAUGUCAGAUAUCAAAAGUGAAAUUGGAGAAACUGUUGAGAUGUGUGAGGAAAAGAGUACUCUAUAUCAAUACGCUCCAGCGAAUGCCAUCUCUCAUCUAGAUGAUGACCAAGAUAUUCUUAACAAAGGGCUGGAGUCAACACAGAAAGACGAUUCUGGCAUUUUCGAAAACAAGAGCAAAAAGUUGACCCUGCUGUGUGAUGAUCCGCAGGUCAAGGACUGUGUUGACAUAAUUGAUAAGUUGUUCUCAAAAUUAGAUGAUGAGUCCCUGAAAAGGCUCCCACACAGCAGUGGGUAUCAGAUAGACAACCACUACACAGAUGGCAUCAUCUCCCAGAUAACAGAUUGCAAAUACCAGAACUCUGCAGUGAACGAUUUAAAUCUACAUUCCAAGAGCCUCGCUGAGACAAAUAUUUUGAGCGAGUCCGUAUCUGGCAGCCAGUCAAAUGAUUGUGUGUUAAGGCCCAGCAACAAAGAUUACACAAGUGUUACAGAGACGAGUAUUGAUAUCUCUUCAAUGAACUCCCUCAAAUGUGGAAAUGACACUGUGGAUUCUGUAACACCAUCCCAAGUUGACAACAGAGAGUCAAGAUUAUCUAAACUGUACUGCAUUCAAACCAGUGACGCCACACUCAGCGAUGAAACCCCGUCAGUAGUCGAGCCAAGCGAUGAUGGGAAGUCUGUCUAUGAUGACGCAAGUGGUCUGAUGUGUCCUUCUUGGGCCGAGGAGGGUGUUGAAGAGGCUGAGGGACGUGAAGAGAGGCCUGGUCUGGACCACAAUGAGCUUGGCCUGAGAAACCUGCGCUGCUCAGAUGGCAACGAGGACAAGAAGGUCACGACAGAGACAGAGAAACAGCUGGCUGCCGCAGAGCUGAGUAACGCCAUGAAGGAAAAGUCACCCCUGAGAGGGGCAGCAAGUGAGAUAGACUCUGCUAACAGUGUGGAUAAAGACUCCUGCGAGGGCCUGGAUGUGAAGACUAAAGAGUUAUGGAGCGCUAUGGAGGAGGAUGAGGAACGUACAGAAUCUGCUGUCGUUAGGGGAGAGUUUGACUGCCACCGUUUUUCACAGUCAAGGGACUUACGCUUGUGGCCUGAUGAAAAUGACCAGUGGGCCUCUCCAGAGAGGAGGUGCCAAGACAUGGAACUGAGAUCAGAAUUUUUCUCAGGGUUCGGUAAUAAGGCCUGGGAGGUGGGGGAGAGGCUUGUUGUAGGUCAGGAGUUUUGGGAGACAGAAGAGAACGAUGAACUUGCAGGAAGUGAACUGCACCCUGCCAUCUUGGAGGGCUGCGAAGAAACCUGGAAUGAUGAAACACAAGGACUCGCUGGUAAUAUUGACAUUAAGGCAAGGUGGGACUCUGCAGACGGCGAUGACCAACAGGCUGUCCACGUGGUAGACAUACAACAGGAGGAAAAUAUCGAGAACCUUGGUGAACUUAGCAGUUUCAACAAAGACCUGAAAAGGGAAAUCUCAGAUAUCGAAGUAGAGAAUAUAGAAAUCCCAGAGCAGGAGCAAGCAGAGGGGCUGAUUUCGUCAUGCACAGAGACAGACAGGGACAGGGAAGGUCUGCUAGACUCCACAGAGACAGAGGAAAAUCUAAAUUUUAACAGAUGGCCUCAGAAUCACCUCUGCAAGAUCCAAAUAGAGGGACAGACAUCAGCCAUGCAUGUUGAUGAAGUAACAGCCUCUAAUUUAGAGAACUGUUUCAGUCACACUUUAGAUAGCUCAAAUAUAUCUAUUUGCAUCACCGAAGCUCCUCAUGAGAACUUUUCAGACCUGGAAAAUGUUGAAUCAGGCGCAGAUUCAGAGGCUGAAAUGAGAUCAUGGCUUGCUAGGCAAUAUACAGAAGAGAGAGUAAACAUUGUGAACGAAGAAGAGGAUUACAGAGACAUGCCCCUUCCCCCCAAUCCCAUCUCUUGUCCCAGUGAACUUGAUGAGCAGGAGGAGGUAGAUCAGUCAUAUCCACAAGUAGACAAUUUCAGCUCAGUAGAUUUUCCUAGUCCUCCACCAAGCAUAGACCUUGAUGUGCAAGAUGAUAAAUUGGAGAGUUUAGACGACUCUUUUCCUAGUCCACCACCAUCUGUUAUAGAGGCAGAGGAGUUUAUUAGUCACAUUAAUCUAGAAGACUUUAUUGCCAGCAAUGAGACAGAGACGUAUAUUUCCCCAACUCACAGCGCAAAUGUCUCAGAGCCACAUCUGCAAGAAUCACCACCUGCUCCAACUCAAAGUAAAGGGAUCUCAGCCAAUCUGAACCUUCCCUCUGUGCAUAUAACACUGGCCGAUGAGAGCGAUCUUACACCCAACGUACAGGAUGAACAUAAUAAUCUGUUUCAGAAAACAUCAUCUGCCAGUCCAUCUUCACCCCAAGUUCCCCUCAAAAAUCUUCCAGAAUUACUGAUUUCUGAGUGGAAAGAUUUGGAUGAGGAGCCCCUGGAGGAUUUUGAAAAACUGGAACAACUGUGCUGCAUAUCUGGGGACGAGGAGGACUCUCUGGGCAACCUUUUUCUGGGGAACCUGGAGCUCCUAGAGUCUUUGAAGAAAACACCUGAGCAGAAGAGCAGCAGUGUUGGUGAUAGUGAAACAGGUGAGGAGAUAUGUGGCUCUUCUACUCCUGAGGGGAGUAGGGUAGAUAUGAAGGAGGACAGGAUCUCUGAUAACUCUGAUAAACUGGCAGAGUCUGCACCAAAUCUGAUCCUGGAUUUUCAAGAGGAGAAGAAUGACUGGCAGAGAUCACCAGGCAAAACAUCUGAUGUCAAAGACCAGGGAUCUCUCUCUAAGAUGACAACAAAGAAUGGCCUCAUGAUGCAGGUGUGUGAGGAGAGGCUACAGUUCUCCCUCAGUGAAAAUGUGAAAACAAAUGUGCUCUGGGGGUCUACUGUUAAAGACACAGUGAUGCUCCGGCCCUGGGGGGAACAAAUCACAGAGAACAGCAGCGAGCUGGUCACUGUGAAAGAACAACAAGAGGAUGAAAGCUGUAGCGAAGAGGAGCAAGAAAGUUGCCCCAGCAUUAAGUCCCACACCAAGUCUGAUGAAACUAAAGCUGAGCCGCUCACUGUGAUUGAACAACCUGAGGUCACAACCCCUCAACCUACUGCAAACCAGGCCAUGAAAGCAAAACUAGCUCGUCUGUCUCUCGCCCUCCCUCCUCUUGCUCUGACUCUUCCCCUCACCCCCACUGGUAAAGGAGGAUUUGGGGAUGGUGCGAUUGGAAAUCGGAUUGGAAGACGGAGAGGUCUGUCCUCCGGAAGCGACCCUGACGAUGAGGAGGAGGAUGAGCAGGAGGACGAAAGCUCCCGGAGGGUGAUUGUUGUCACAGAAACAGACGUGGACAAACGUGUCGGCCUGAGGAGUCUGCUGAAAUCACCCAAGGAGCCGAUGGACAGAGAGAAAGACAGAGGAAGAAAUGUGUCCUUUUUUGAUGAUGUCACGAUCUAUCUUUUUGAUCAGGAAACUCCAACCAAUGAGUUGAGCAGUUCAGCGCCCACAGGUCCAGCCCCAGUGUCCGUCAAAAGCACCAAGUUGGAUUUGCGUGGGCCAAACAUCAAGAGCAAAGAAUCAAAAAGGAAAGAGGAUUUAUCAAUCAAAGCAAGGUCGCCUGUGGGGGCCAAACCAUCAUCGCGCUUCACUGUCAGCCCUGCCAACGACCCCCACAUGGUGUGAUGUUACACAUCAUCGUGGGAACCUUUAGAGCUGAACCCUCUUGGACUGGCCAGUGAAUUAACCCCAAUAACCAGCCAUUCACCCAGAGGCUAUUUUUUUAUUGAAGAGGCAACUGAAAGAAUGAGACUCCCGUUCUAAAAGCUGGACACAUUCCAGGUUUUACCAGCGACAGGAUUUUGUAUGACAGGGGUUGUUGUGCUCCUGCCUGCUACUUUUUACAGAGUUUAUUCAUAGCCUUCAGCUACAAAAGUCUUUGGAAAAAGCAGCACAGGCUAGGAGAAGAGGAGCUUGGAGCUUUGUAAAAUCUGAAACAGAUUUGACAGCUAUGCAGUGGGAGUCUUGCUGUGUACCAGCUUACCUUUUUUCUUCUUCAUUCUGUUGUAAUUAUCCCCAGAUGUGCGGGGAAUGCACUUUCUUUAGUCAUUCAUAUGUCUAUGUAAACGCUUGGAUUUCAGCCCUCUCUUUAUUAAGACGUUUUUUCAUUGCAGUCAGUCAUUUGUUCUUGUAGGCAGCAGUUUGGAACAGAAAUCGCUUGACUCCUGUAUUUGAGAAUACUUAUUUGCAUUUGUACAAAUAUCAUAAUACAAGUGAAUACAAUAUCAUUUUAGAGCUGUUU